AUGGGCGAUAUCGGUCGCGGUUCAACCAACGUGGACCUAUCCCACCACAUCAAUGCUAAGAGCAAAGCUCGCCAUGCCUCGCCAUUGAAAGACAUCAUCAAGUACAUGGGCCGUGAUGGCAUGAUCAGUUUCGCUGGAGAGGCCAAGUUCAGUUGUUUGACUCCCGAGGCGUCCCUCGCCGGAGACCGGAAGGUGGGGGCCGAGAACCCGGAUAUACUGAACCUCGCGCUUGGCCGGGGUGCAUCACCUGGCGAUCUAGAGUUGUCUCAAUUUUUGCAGUAUGGUUCCGGAGCCGGCAAUCCUCAGCUGGUUGAACUGGCGAAAGAGUUGACUGAGAGAGUCCAUGCGCCUCCAUGCGACUAUGAAUGUUUGCUCCAUCCGGGGAACACAAAUGCAUGGGCAAAGAUCGUCGGUCUUCUCUGUGAAGAAAAUGACUUUGUUCUUGUCGAGGAAUUUACGUAUCCCUCGGCUCAGGCUCUUUGGAUUCCUCUUGGGAUCAAAGCCGUACCCAUCCCGGCCGAUGCCGAUGGUCUCCUGGCACAAAAUCUCAGAUGUACUCUUCAAAAUUGGGACGAGGAGAAGAGAGGGGGUCCUAGGCCCAGAGUACUAUAUCUGGUAUCUGUGGGAUCGAACCCGACCGGCAUCACCAUCUCCGCACAGAGGCGGACAGAGAUCUACGACACAUGUGUUGAGUUCGACAUCAUCAUCGUCGAGGACGACCCGUACUAUUUCUUGCAAUUUCCCGGAUACCUUACCGCCAAAGAAUCUGUAUUCCAACCAAAGCAGACGAAGGAGUUUCUUGAUAAUUUGGUUCCGACAUUUCUGUCAAUCGAUGUUCAGGGUCGCGUGAUACGCCUCGAAUCCUUCUCAAAGACUCUUUUCCCCGGACUUCGCAUGGGCUACUUUGUGGCCAACCCUGUCUUCAGUGAACGUCUUCUCCGCGCGACAGAGGUCGAGACACAAGACCCAGCGGGUCUAAGUCAAGCCUUUGUCCUCAGCCUGCUUCGACGCUGGGGUAUUGAUGGUUACCUUAUCUGGCUCCAAAGCCUGCAGUUCCAGUAUCGUGAAAGGAGAGACUGGUUGCUUGACGCCUUCCAUGCACGCUUUGUCGUUCUCCCUGCUGCCAAGUCACCGGUGCCUCAAGCGCAGGGUCUUGUUGCAUGCGUCCGAGCUCAGGAGGGUGGAGAGUUGCGACCAGUGUUCAGCUUCAUGGACCCUGGCGCUGGCAUGUUUGUGUGGUGCAAGUUCUACUUUGACGGUAUUGACGAAUUCAAUGAGAUGGAAAAGUCAGGUACCAGCAAAGAUCCCGAGCAGGACUUCGCAGACGAGUUGUGGAAGGUGUGGGCUAAUGAGCUCGUACUGCUCACCCCGGGAUCCUACUAUCAUGCCUGGCAGGGGCCGGACAAGAUGACAACCAAGGCACGUGGUGCCAACCCACGAACGGCGCACUUUCGCUUCUCGUUUGCAACGCCGACGAAAGAGCAGAUCGAUAUUGGGGUUGAGCGUCUGUCGAAGGUUGUAGCGAGGUAUUGGCGGUGA